CUUUGUGUUCAUUCGCCUGGCUGGAGGAGGAGAAGCAGAAGGAGCAGGAGAAGGAGGCGCACUCCCCCGCGCGGACUGCUGCUAAACUUGCACGAGGGUUUGGUUUCCACCCAUAAUCCCUUUCUCUCGCCCUCCUGUCGGUGUUGACAAAGAGUCGAGCGGUACGGAGGGAUGCUCAUCAGGGAGGUUCAGUCUGAGCUAAAUCCGUGUGUGUAAAAUUGGCCUGCUUUUCCUCAGACGCCGGACAGCGCGCGCGGCGUGGCUGACCCGUUGCGGUCGGCUCCGCGUGAGAACAAAAGUCACCCGGAGACGCGGCUCAAGUGCGGUUAUGAUCAUCAACAGCGCUGAAGGAUUAACGCACGGAACCGCAGCUGCAGCCCGCUGGGCUCCCUGACGGUUUGGGUGUGUAAAUAACGGUAAACAGCCGCCACGCUGGACCUCAACGGAGAUCCGUCGUUCUCGCGGCGCCUCGCGGGGCCCAAGCCGUGCAUGAAGCGCGAGAGCAUGGGCCGCUGCGACGGGAGGUGCACGCUGGUGGUCAUCUGCUCCCUGCAGCUGCUGGCUGUGCUGCAGAGGCAGGUGUUUGAUUUCCUGGGCUAUCAAUGGGCUCCCAUCUUGGCAAACUUUCUUCACAUCCUGGCUGUUAUUCUGGGAGUGUUCGGGACAGUGCAGGUCCGCUCACGAUAUCUUAUACUGUAUGCAGUGUGGCUAGUGGUCUGGGUUGGCUGGAACGCUUUCAUUAUCUGCUUCUACCUGGAGGUGGGCCACCUGUCUCAGGAUCGAGAUUUCCUGAUGACAUUUAAUACCUCUUUACAUCGCUCCUGGUGGAUGGAGAAUGGGCCUGGUUGCUUAGUUACAACAGUGCCUGACUCCCCAUUGGCUCCACAAGACCAUCAUGUGAUCACGGUCAGUGGUUGCCUACUGGACUACCAGUACAUAGAGGUGGUCAGCUCUGCCCUGCAAGUGUUCCUCGCACUUUUUGGCUUUGUAUAUGCCUGCUAUGUUAGCAAAGUCUUCCUGGAUGAUGAGGACAGCUUUGAUUUCAUCGGUGGGUUUGACUCGUAUGGGUAUCAGCCACCACAAAAGAGUUCUCACCUACAGCUGCAGCCUCUUUACACGGCUGGGUAGGAAGAUGCGAACGCUCCCGAAGCAGAACUCUUCAGAGAUGCUGUCCGGUGCAUUGUGGGUUACAGUAUAUAGUUCUAUAAAAUUGUCUGUGUUUCUGAAACUGUCUCCCUCUGCUGGCAGAAAAAUAAACUGCAGCACAGA